AUGCAUUUAUUCUCAGAUAAAUCGUCGUCAAUAUUCAUCAUCGUUGUCCUUUUGAGCACCUUUUUUCCGCCGGCUGUCCGCUCAAAUCCCAAUUUCCUCAAACUGCCCUCCGAUCAACAAGAAGAUAAUCUAUGUCCCGUUAUUUCCACUUCCGAUCCGGACUCCUGCCCCGUGAAGUGCUUCCGACCCGAUCCAGUGUGCGGCGUUGAUGGGGUCACCUACUGGUGCGGCUGUAUUGACGCUUAUUGUGCGGGGACGCUUGUCAAGAAAUUGGGGUUCUGCGAGGUGGACAAUGGAGGAUCGGGCCCUGCUGGUCAGGCCCUGUUGCUGGUUCACCUUGUAUGGCUCAUACUACUGGGGAUCUUCGUGCUGUUCGGGCUUCUUUGA